AUGAAGUGGAAGCCGUACUACUUCUUUUCCUUCGUGCUGCUGUCCAUGCAAGUCCUCAUUGUCCUCCUCCUCGGGACGGCCUGCAUGAACAAGAAACCAGUCAAGUCUGUACAGUACAAAUAUAUCUACAUCACGAGUGGUGACGACCUCCAGCAGCUCGAGCAACAGCUGGACCAGCAGGUUCCUCGCUCUCUCCCCAUGCGCUUCGCCAACGUGUCUCUCUCGUUCUCUCGACAUGCUGCACCUCAGAAUCGCUCGCUGCUCUCUCCAGCCCUCGCGACAGGAGCGGACACGGCAGCUCGAAUGGCACAGCCAAGUAUGACGCCUGAAGAGGCUCAUCCCGCGAUGAACAAGCAGGCGGAGAAGAAGGUGGAGGAGCAUCCGAGGGAGGAGAAGAAGGAAGAGCAUGGGGGGGAGAAGGAAGAGCAUGCUGAAAAGAAGGAGCAGCAUGUCGGGAUGGAGGAGCAUUCAGGGAAACCGGCGGAAGAGCAUCGAAGCAACCGACAACGUGCGGACAAGAAGGAGGAGCAACGUGCGGACAAGAAGGAGCAUGGCGGGAGGAAGGAGGAGAAUGCAGAGAGGAAAGAAGAGCAUCCAAAGGAGGAGCAACACAUGAGGAUGGAUGAGCAUGCGGAGAGGAAAGAACAGCAUGUGGAGAGGAAAGAACAGCAUGUAGAGAGGAAAGAACAGCAUGAGGAGAGGAAAGAACAGCAUGUAGAGAGGAAAGAACAGCAUGAGGAGAGGAAAGAACAGCAUGCGGAGAGGAAAGAACAGCAUGUGGAGAGGAAAGAACAGCAUGCGGAGAGGAAAGAACAGCAUGUGGGGCAGCAUGCGAACAUCUCUGCAGCAGUCAACUCAUCUUCUCUUCAUGCCGUCGAGGCUCAUCACCAUGUUGAGCCUGAACUUCCUCCCCUUGAGCCGGACGUCCCAGUCGUUGUAACUGACGCACCCCGGGCCCACGGAGAGAACUCGAUCCUGAGGCCCGAGACCGUCAGCUUGGAGUUCAAGUUUGCCCAGGAGGUGUUCGACUAUCCCGCUCACCAUCUGCUCUACCACCUCCAGAAACCUGUCGCAACGUACGUGCGCGAGCUGCUUCCGGACAGUGUGGAAGGGACGGGGAGGGAGUAUGUUCUGUGGGACCGGGAGCGGUUCAAGAGGCGGGGGGGGCAGUACUGGAGAGGGAAAAGGAAGAAGAAAGGAAGCGACCCGUCAAAGAUCCACAAGAUCUGGGUAUGGGGGGAGCGAAACAGCUGCACUACACUCAUCACCUCCCUUCUCCGAGAGAACUUCAAUAUGAACUGCAGCAGCUCCGCUCCCUCCACCUGCGUCAUCGGAGGCCUCCCUUGGAAGCAUGGCUUCAUGCGCAACGCGGACCUCAGGGACCAGUCGAGGACCCUGAACCUGCUGGUAACGAGGAGCCCCUACGAGUGGAUCGACUCGAUGCACCGCCAUCCCUUCUACGCUGAGAUCCACAAGGGACUCAACAUGUCCACCUUCCUCUCCCGCGAGUGGAUCACGUUCGACGAUGCCUUCGACCGGGUAUUCGCCGGUUACGAGCUCAACGAGCUCAGAGCGGCCAGGCGCGGCCUCAACUGCCACGACGACAUCCGCCUGCACAACAACGAGACCUGCUUGUCAGGCGGCAAGAGCUUCCGAUGUGUGGAGCUGCCAGGACUCAAGGCGGACGUGCCAUGGAUCGUGAACAGCACACACUCCCCUCACCCCAGCUGCUUCCCAGGUCCCAAGAGCCACGCAGCCUGCGGUGACAGCUUCCUCUGCAGGGACCUGGACCCUCGUUGGCUGCAGCACAAGGACCUGGGCUCAUGGAGGAGAAACGUAUCUGACUACAUCCUCAACAGCGCUCUCCGUCCUCGAGGGAUCUUCGUUCCCGACCACCCGAAGCUCAGCAGCGACCUUUCCCAGCUCACUUGCAUCUCUUUCCGCUGGUACAUUGUGAGCAGCGGGGACGAACUGCCGCCGGCCAAGUCUUGUCAUGACGGAGACUCGUCGUGGGGCAAGUGCUCGGGGGGGCGAUUCAUGUGCCACGUCAACACGACUCGCUGGUGGGUGGCAGCCCCGCAUCUGUGGACGGAGGUGAUGAAUCGGCUGCUGAGCGCGUCGCGACAGAUCCGGGAGUAUCUGUUCGCUCAUCUCUUCAAGCCUCCGCUCGCCAGCAGCGAGAAGUUGGAGGACAGAGACGCGGACACGGGCGGGAGGUUCCCCAACAUCCUUGCCAUGCGGGCGGCGAAGCUCCGCGACUGGUUCCAGGUGGCAGACCAACACAUAGACUUCAGCUCGCAUGUCGCCUGCCGCGACUUCUUCAUCGACCCUCACGCUGUUCUCAACGAGCUCAGAGACGAGUUCGACCUCAAGCCCAGUCAUCCGGAGUGGCAGCUGUCGCAGUGCAUGAUGAUGUUCGGCAAGUUCUCGUGUCCUCAGCAGCACAGAGGCUAUGAGUGGACGUCCAACCUGACUUCUGCCAAGAGGAACUACUACACUCAAGGUCACUUCGCUCGAGCCUUCAACCGCAACAUCCUCAAGCUCAUGUCUGCCUGGCUGGACCCUGAGCUGGAGAGCAGCCUAGGGUAUCGCGUGCACGAGGACCUGAGGUCUCUCUCCGUCCCCUACACUCCCCUGACCCGAUGUCGCGAUCACCGCCCAGCUGUCAGCUUGACUUCAAUGCCCUGCUACGGAAACUGCUCGAAUCUCUGCCACAGCAGAUGA